CGCCGUGUCGUUUGGCGGGCGGCGGCGGCGGCGGCCGUGGUCGAUACGCGCGAGGGGUAACAAAACGGAGAGCGAAAAUCACGUCCCGGCGGCGGCCACGACCCUUGCGUCACCGCGACCGCGCGGCGGACGGGUGGCGGUGCGGGAUAGCCAGCAGACCCGCGCGAACGCAACCGAGCGGCGACGGCGGUGGUGGACGUUCGAGCGCGACCGGCGCGGCGGGGAAGCGGCGGCGGCGACGAACGCGACGGCGACGGUGGCAGGCGGCAGGCGGCGGCGCCGCAGUAUUCGCACAGUGCGCACGCUCGCGGUUAGUGCGAUUUUACCCGAUGCAAAAACGUCAGCGCGAAACUUCGCGACUCGUCAGUUUGACCUACUGCAUUAUGCCAUUUUUGCCUUCCGGUCCGCUGCUGCCGUUCUGCGAGUGUGCGUCGCGCGCGUGUGUGUGUGUGUGUGAAUGAACGUGUGUGCGCGCGUUUUUUUAUCCGUCUGUGUGAGUGUGUGUGUGCAUGUGUGUGCGUACGCAGAGCGAGUGCGUUUUUUUUUUUUGCUCCCCCAAUCGCGAGAUUGCAAUUUUUUUUUCACUCACGUCCAUCGUGCCGAUCAAUUUGUAACAAUUUUUCCGCUAACAACACUCGCGGGGAGAGUCACUCGCUGCUCCAAGGUAAUAACCAUCAACAACAACAACGACAACAACAACAAACUAACUAACAGACGACCCAGCAUACGAGCCUCAGAUCGCCUUCACCUCGCAGCGAUUCGCGAAUAUUUUUUUAACCAUUUUCAUAUUUUUUUUUUUUUUAUCAAAACACCUAGUUUUUAUCGUCGUAUUUCUUUUAUCAAUUUUUAAUUUUUUUUAUCAAUUUUUCUCAAUCGGCGACGAGUUACCACGUCGUCCGUGCGCGCGCGUGUGUGUGUGUAUGUGCAAAAUAAUAUCAUCCACCUACGCGAUAAAUCGCGAGUCCAGUAUCAGCCUACUAUCACAUUUUAAUAAACUUAACAAUAAUAAUAAUAAUAAUAAUAAUAAUAUUAUCAUACUCGUAUUUUAUAACGGACGAGCGAGAGACGUUUGGAAACCGGACGUUUCUCACCCCCGUCCGAAAAACACCCCCGGCCACCCACCCACCGGUCGUAGCCGCAGCCGACGACGACGACGACGUCGUUGCUGUCGACGGACGACCCGUCAACCGCGUGCAAAUCGCUUGACGCCGCCGCCGCCGCCGCCGCCGUCGUCGCUUCAAUUCGCUUCCGUUCGCAGACGCUGGCGCCCCUCACCGCUGGCUGGCACAUUGGGCUCGUGACCACGACCAGAUAACUCGCACCGCUCGACCGCUGUGGUAGUAGGUGGUUGCCGCUGCUGCACACUUGCACACACACACGCGCGGGCGCUCUCGACGACGACGACGACGUUUUCACGGUCAUCCGUGCGCUAUGCAAAUGUUUGCAAUUGCACCACUGCCCCGAACAUCAUCGCGGCCAGCAGCUGAUGUCGUCCGCGACUGAUGUCAUUCCGCGCCGUCACUGCGACAUACACCGUUCAAACCGUUGAAAUUCGCGACGAAAAUAACCCUCCCUCGAACGCGGCCGCCCCGACCCUCUUAUCGCGCCGCCGCCGCCGCUGCAAGGUGAAAAUCUAACCAGCUCACUGUACCCACUUACGUGACCCGGUGUUGUCUUUGAAUGUAAAAUAAUUUGUAUUUACUCACUAUAUCUCUCUUCCUCUCUCUAUGUGUGUGUAUGCGCAGACCUGAAGACUCAACGACUGGGGGUCUACCACCUCGAUGCCAUGAAUGUAUGACGGAAUCGUCCGCCGUGCCACAGCCUGCUAAUUGGUAGUUACAUAAUAUUUAAUCAUAAGGAAGUUCAACUGCCGAGAAACAUUUGAUAUUUUACCUAUGUAAUUUUAUCAGACAAUAGACAAUUUUUUUUAAAAUUUUAAUUAGGGUCACUGAUAUGUCUUUUUAAAUAUUGUCACAACAACAAUCUGGAAUGGACCCUCAGCAACAGUUCUGUCUUAAGUGGAAUAGUUUCAGUAGCAACCUUGUAACUGCAUUUGAUAACCUUUUCAAAUCGGAAAGUUUAACAGAUGUGUCAUUGUUUUGUGAAGGCAAAACAUUCAAAGCUCACAAACUAAUUCUGGCAGCAUGCAGUAAACAUUUUCAAGAAAUAUUUGAAGCUACUCCACUAGGAUCAAGUUUAAUUGUCAUACUUGAUGGGACAUCGUCUACAAAUAUGGCAUCGUUACUUGAGUUCAUGUACCGUGGGGAAGUACAAAUAUCUCAAGAGAGGCUCUCUAGUUUUUUAAAGACAGCAGACAAUUUACAGGUUAAAGGCCUGUCAUUUGAGUAUGACAAAUUGUCACUCACAAGUCAGCGUGAACAAGGUAAUAGUGAAAAUAAAACAACAAAUGAUUCUCCAAGACCAAAACAAAAUGGAUCCGCAGAAGCUCAACUUCCCUCUACCUCAUUUAGUCCGCUCCCAUAUAUAACAUGUCAUUAUCGUCAAACAACUGUGCAUUCUGAACAGCAUCCUUCAUCACCUGACCCCCAAAGAAAUAAUAAACGAGCUCACCAUAACAAUCCCAACACAACGCCGGUUUCUGAUACACUUGGUGUUCGAGCAUCUGUCUUAAGAGAUGGUUCCAGACCGGAACGUGAAUCUCCUCUUUCUUUGACCUACUCUUCACAUUCAUCAGCGCAUUUGGAAAAUUCUCAUCAGCCCCAAUCAAAUAAUUCUGGUCCUGUAGACGCUACUACUUCAUCACAUCAUUACCGUAAUGUGACUACUAAUAACUGUGGAGAAGAUCUGCGAAUUAAAUCUGAACCUGCAACAACGGCACCCAAUUCUGGGGAAUUCCCACAAAAUACAAAUACGACCAAUGAAUGGAAAACGCCAGAUAAUGGGACAACACCACCAUCUCCUUCAAAUCAUUCAUGGAAGAUAGAUACAUCUCAUAAAAAUGUUGUUUCAACUCUAACUCCUGAUGGUAAAAAAUUACAAUGUCCUUAUUGUGAACGAUUAUAUGGUUAUGAAACAAAUCUUAGAGCUCAUAUAAGACAGAGGCAUCAAGGAAUUCGAGUUCCGUGCCCUUUUUGUGCUCGAACAUUUACACGGAAUAAUACAGUGAGACGGCACAUCGCCAGAGAACACAAAACAGAAAUUGCAGUGAAAUCAAAUCCAACAUUUCCGCAAACUGCAAAUCACAAUCAAUAAUUCUUAACAAAUCUACCUCUUUCCCAAAUAUUUUACCCUCCCCAACACUAUAUAUAUAAUAUAUCUACCUCUCCUUAAGCAUUAAUCAUACCACCAGUUGAAUAUAAAAUAGUCUGGUACAUAAGCAAACUGCAGACUAACUGCCUUUAAAGUACAAAUGUAAACCAUAAACACUUCUGCAACUAUUAAGACUGAUGAAGGUGGUGUUAGUUUUUAGGUGAAAAUACAUUUUUAUGACACCGCCUUCAAUGUGAAACUUACCUCAAUGAUUUUUACACGUUAUAUAUUCAAAUAUAACUUAUAAUAUAUUAUUUAUAAUAUUAAAAAUGUUAAUGUUGAUUCUGUGGAUUGCUUAUGUCUCCAUAAGUUAUAGUAAUACGCUGUUAGUUAAGUCAUUAAGCAGCUCUCUUAUCAUUUAUUGUGUAUUGAUAAAAAAAAGUGGCUUUGAAUGGUACAUUUUAAUAUAAUUUGUAUUCAUUUUUAUAAGUAAUUGAAAUCGGUUUUUGUUGUUAAUUGUUAAUCUUGUAUUUUAGAAAAAUUCGAGCCCUUGUUUAAAAAUGGGGUUUAUAAUAUUGCCUCGAGGGAAAGGGGGGAUUAUUAGCUUUAUUGUUAAAUUUUGAAGUGGACUAAAUGAAUUCUUUAGGUGAAUAGCUCAUAUUGCUCAUAAUAGCAAUGCAUGUUUAACAUUGAGGUUUUAAUAACUUCUCAUCUAGUAUUUGAAACGAUGAUAUAAAUUUGAUUGUUUAGGUAUUGAAUUAUAAAUAUACUGCAUUUUUUAAGAAAAAUUUAUUUCAAGUACAUCUGAAUUAUAAACUAUACACGUGAAUUAACAUUUAAAAUUUUAAUUUAUAAUUAAUAUAUUUACAGCGUGUAAUGUUUCAUUUAUAGUCAGAAUAAUUUCCAAGUAUAUAAAAAAAAAAAAAA